GUUUUGGAAGCAACAAUUCCGAUUUAAGUGCUCCACUGCCGUCAACCGAGCUCCAUCGUAUUUUUUGCUAAACGCGGACGCGUCGUUAUUAUACACAAAUCAAGGAAAAUCAAUUCGGGUGCCAAAGUGCGUGCAAUAAAAGUGUCAAAUUAAGAUUAAGCGAAACCCCCCUCCAAAACAAAAAGAAGUUCGAAAUGGAGCGUAUUUUGAGGGGAAUUAUGAGGUACAGGAAUACCACACGUGAGCAAAUGGUCAAAGAGUUUCAGAAAGUGCGCGAUAAUCCAGAGCCGAAGGCCGUUUUCUUUACCUGCAUGGACAGUAGAAUGAUUCCCACCCGGUACACGGACACCCAUGUGGGUGAUAUGUUUGUGGUGCGUAAUGCUGGCAAUCUAAUACCGCAUGCCCAGCACUUCCAGGAUGAGUACUUCAGCUGCGAGCCGGCGGCCUUGGAACUGGGAUGUGUGGUGAACGACAUACGGCACAUAAUCGUUUGUGGACACAGCGAUUGCAAGGCCAUGAAUCUGCUUUAUCAACUAAGGGAUCCCGAGUUCGCCUCCAAGCUGAACCGUCGUCUCUCUCCUCUUAGAUCCUGGCUGUGCACCCAUGCCAACACUAGUUUAGAGAGGUUCCAGGAGUGGUUUGAUGCAGGCAUGAAGCAUCCUUUGGUCUUCUCUUCCGAGACACCUUUGCGUCGCUUUGUGGCCUACAUCGAUGAGGAACAGAAGUUCGCCGUGGAGGACAAGCUGUCCCAGAUCAACACGCUGCAGCAGAUGUCCAACAUUGCUUCGUACGGAUUCCUUAAGGCUCGUCUAGAAUCCCACGAUCUGCACAUCCACGCGCUGUGGUUCGAUAUUUACACCGGUGACAUCUAUUACUUUAGUCGCGGGGCCAAGCGUUUUAUGCCCGUCGAUGAGGACACCGUGGACCGAUUGUCCGAGGAGGUCAGGAGAUUCUAUUCGUAGGCACAGCCGGCGGACGAACUGGAUUAUCUGUGAUAUGUGGGCCUUAUACCGCGUUCGGCAUUUACAAGUGACCAACCUUUAGGAUUGUUUUGCGUAUUCAUAAGUGUGUAAUUGUUUUUUGUAUAUAAACUUAAGGCCUACGAAGGUUUCAACUUACAAA